AUGAAUCCAUGUUUGAUAUAUGUUGUUACGCCAAAGGACUGUGUUAAUUUCCUUUGUGGUUUAAAGUUCACAAAGAACCAAAUUUUAACAAUUAUGAGAUCAAGUUCUUAUGAUUGUGAAAACCCUUCUUUGAAUCAGAUGAAGGUGACACAGUUUUGGCUUAAUCUUGAACCAUUGGAAGAGGGUGCAUACUUAAAUGUUGAUCUAUUUGUUCUUCAAUUGGUUAAAGAAGGAGUUGUUCAUAAUACAACUGGUGGUGUUCAUGAACCUAAAUCAGACUCUGGUUCAAAAUUUGAGUUUUUUAGAAGAAUUUGA